AUGGAAGAUUAAAAAUCAAUAAUGCUUUAAAAACUUCAGAGUAAUGCCAUUAAUAUUAGAAAUCUAAGUAUUAUUGCUCAUGUCGAUCAUGGUAUGAUUAUUGCUAUAAUAUUAUAGGAAAAACAACUUUAACAGAUUAAUUAAUUUCAGCAAACAAUAUAAUAUCAAAAAGGCUUGCAGGAAAUCUUAGGUAUAUGGAUAGCAGAGAAGAUGAAUAAAGAAGAGGUAUAACAAUGAAAUCAAGUUCAAUAUAAAUUAUUCAUAAUAAUCAUUUGAUCAACCUUAUUGAUACUCCAGGUCAUGUUGAAUUUUCUUCUGAAGUUCAAGCAGCAUUACGUUUAACUGAUGGUGCACUAGUGCUGGUAGAUGUUUUAGAAGGAUUUAGUUCUUAAACAUUUAAUGUUUUAAAAUAGAUGUAUGAAGAAGGAAUAAAAGGAGUUCUGGUUUUAAAUAAGGUUGACAGAUUAAUAUUAGAAAAAUAAAUGGAUCCUGACCAAGCAUUUAUUUAUAUGUCUCAAAUUAUCGAAUAGGUGAAUGCAGCUUUAAGUUCAUUUUUAAAUGAAUAAAUUCAUCAGGUGGAAGAAUAAAAAGAAUUUUCCUUAGAUGAUGAGACCAUUAAGAAUUUAGAAACAAAUCUUUAUUUUUGCCCGACUAAAGACAAUGUUGUUUUUUGUAGUAGUAUUGAUGCCUGGGCUUUUACAGUUGGGACAUUUUCUGCAAUUUUCGCAAAAAAACUCAAAUGCAAUUAGUAAGCCUUAUAAAAAUUUUUAUGGGGAAAUUAUUAUUUUUAAAAUAAAAAAGUUUCUACAAAUCCAAUUAAAGAGGGAUAAUCCGUUUUGUUUGUUGAUUUCAUUUUAAAAAACAUUUGGAACAUCUACAAUUAUAAAGAUAAUAUUUAAAAAAUAUAAUCCAUAGCUACUCAAUUAUAAUUAAAUGGAUAAAUUGCAAAUUAUAAGUAACUAAUGUCUAAAUGGUUACCAUUCGAUUUAUGUUUAUUUGAUAGAAUAAUAAAAGAAUUGCCAAAUCCAAUAGAAGCAUAAAGGGCUAGAAAAGAUAUCAUAUGUAAAAGAAUAAACAGGCAAAUCACAAAGAAUUAUGAUGCUAGGUAUGAUGAAUUAUAUUAAUCAAUACAAAAUUGUGACCCUAAUGGACCUUUAGUUGUUUUUGUAGCAAAAAUGAUUAGUGUUCCUCCAGAGUGCAUAGAUGAAAAAUAACUUAACCCAAAACCAUAAGGAAUCCUAUCUUAUGCUUUUGCUAGAGUGUUUUCAGGAACUCUUCAUUUAAAUUAACCAGUUUUUGUAAUAGGUCCUAAAUCAAAAAUUAUUAAUAAUGUAAAUCAAGUUGAUUAAACAGAUAUUUAAUAAUUUGAGAUUAAAAGAAUUUAUCACAUGAUGGCACAAUAUUUAGAAGCAAUUAAAAUGAUGCCUGCUGGUAAUUUAGUAGCAAUUGGAGGUUUAGAUGAAUUAAUCUUUAAAACCUCUACAAUAUCUUCUGUCAACUAUUGCCCAUCAUUUGCUCCUACUUUUGUGAAAUUUAAAUCAAUUGUUAAAACUAUGAUAAUGCCUACUUAAUAGGAAGAUUAACCAAAAGUUCUGUAAGCCAUCAAGAAAUUAUAUAAAUGCGACCCAUCAUUAGAUGUUUAAGCUUUAGAUUCUGGAGAAAUUGUAUUAGGAACUUGUGGGGAAGUUCAUCUAUAAAGAUGUAUCACAGAUAUUGAAAAAUUAUCAGAAUGCAAAGUCAAAAUAUCAGAACCAAUAGUACCUUUCAAAGAAACAAUAAUCUAUAAAAAUAUGUUAGAAGAAAGCAAUGAGAAAUUUCAUAAAAAAAAAGCUAAAGUUUUAGUUCAAGGUGAAUAGAAACAAAAAAAAUAAUAGUAAUUUGAAUAAAAAUCAAAAGAUGAUGAUAUAGAUGUUGAAAAAUAGAAAUACUUUAAAUAAAAGUUAUAGGAGGGUGAAGACACAGAAAUUAUCAAAGACACGAAUAUUUUAGAGCAUGAGGAUAUAAGGUACAAUUAAUUAUUGAAGGAAGAAGUUAAAUUCAAGUAUGACCAAAAACAAUAAGUUAAAAAAAUGGAUCAUAAAAAUAAAGGAAAAUAAACAGUCAAAAAUUUAUUAGUAGAAGUAUAGAAUAAAAGUAAUCUUGUGGAAGAGUUAACAGCAAAUCAGAAAAUUGCUGUUAAAGUUAGAGCUAUUGGUUUACCAUUUGAAUUAACUACAUGGAUAGAAAAUAACUAAAAGUAAAUGAGAAAACUCUUAUAUGAGAAUAAAGGAGAUCCGAAAAUAUUUUUAGAAGAGUUUGAUCUCAUUCGUAAAACACUUAAGAUAGAUAAAAAAUUGAAUGAACUCAUAGAAAAUCAUUUACAAUGUUUUGGUCCAAAAAAAUUUGGUCCAAAUUUGUUAAUUAACAAAAUGAUUAAAUCAGAGGAUUCUUUAAUUUAAAAAUUGAAAUAACAAACUUUAAAUUAAAAUCAAUUUCCUUUGAUAUAAUAAUAAUAAAUUAUCUAAUUAGACUUUUAAUAGGAAGUUGAAGAAUAAAAUUAAAUUUCAUAAAUUGAGAAUAAAGUGGAAUCAACCAAAGAUAGCAAAUCUUAGUUAAGCGAUACAACUGGGUCAAUAGCAAAAGGCUUAGAAUUAUAUUUAAGUUAAUAAGAUUUAUCAUAGGAUGCAAUGAAUAAUGCAAUUAAUUUAGGAUUUGAUUUAGCCUUAAAUGCUGGACCUUUAUGUGCAGAGCCUAUUAUAGGAGCUUGCUUUAUCAUUGAAUAAUUAAAAUUUUCUGAAGAGGAGUAAUAAUCGUAAUAAGAUACUUAUGGGCCUAUCAGUGGUUAACUGAUAUCAGCAAUGAAAGAUGCUUGCAUAAAUUCAUUUUUAGGAGCCCAACCAAGAUUAGUAGAAUCAGUUUAUAAGUGUACACUUUAAACAGAUUUUAUGAAUUAUGGCAAAAGUAUUGAUGUUUUAAAUUAACGGAGAGGUAAUGUUUUAAAUGAAGUUCUAAAUUCUUGCACUUCAUUAUUCACAGUUUAAGCUAGGUUACCUCUAAGUAGCUCUUUUGAUUUUUAUUGUCAGAUAUAAUCAGCCACAUCUGGGCAUGUUUCUGCCCAAUUAGAUUUUGAUGGAUGGUCAAUUAUUUAAGAAGAUCCAUUUUAUUAACCAUACACAGAUGAUGUAAUUAAUUAUCUCAUAUUUAGGAUAUUGAAGAAAAUGGAAUUUAGAAAGUUGAAAGAAAUAUAGCGCGUGAUCUAAUAAUGGCAACUCGCAAAAGGAAAGGAAUGAAUUUUGAAGAAAAAAUAAUAGUAGCUGCUGAUAAACAAAGAAAUCUAUCAAGGAAAAAGUGAU